AUGGACAAGUUCGGCAUCGAGAGACUUGGUAGUGAAAACUACGAGAGCUGGAGUUUCCAGUUGAGAAGUUUGCUGAUGCGCGAAGAUCUGUGGAAAUUCGCUAUCACCGCUGCACCCGCUGAACGAACCGAAGCUUGGAUCAAUGGAGAUGCCAAGGCUCAAGGAACGAUUUCGCUAUUCGUUGGAGUUACGCAACAGUCGCUGAUCCGUAAGUGCACAACAGCCAAGCAGAUCUGGGAUACUCUCAGGGACCAUCACCAGAAGACCUCCCUAACGUCGAAAGUUUCGAUUUUGAAGAGAAUCUGUAAUCUAACGUACUCGGAUGGUGACGACAUGGAACGUCAUUUACACGAAAUGGAAGAUCUAUUCCAACGAUUGACCAAUGCGGGACUUGAAUUAGGGGACACACUGACGAUUGUGCUCAUUUUUCGAAGUCUACCAGCGUCAUUCGACACACUAACAACCGCGUUGGAGAGUCGUCCAGAAGCAGAAUUAACAUCGUGA